AUUGUUCUUAGUGAAAAAGGAAAACAAUUGAUUGUGUUAAAUGGCUUCAAAUAUCGUUUUCACAAAUCUUUAAAGAAUAACGACAAGCGUUGGAUGUGUUGUGCGCAGACGAGAGAAAAAUGUAAAGCAUUUUUAAAAACCCAAGGUGACAACGUAGUGACGGAAAUUCGGGAUGAACACAACCAUAGCGAAUUAAACGAAGAUGCACUUAACCGUCAAAUGUUAAGUAACUCCUUAAAACGAAAGGCCGUAGAAGACAUCGGUGAAAGACCUAUGAAAAUUUUGCAAAAGGAAUUACGAAAUGGAGAUAUUAGUACCUUGACCACCAAAGACGUGGCAUUGGUUCGAAAAAAUAUGUAUAACGCCCGACGAUCUCUUCUGCCUAAAUUACCAAAAAGUAUGGAGGAAACUCAUGAUAUAUUAAAAACACUUUCAGUGAAAACCAACAAAAACGAGGAUUUUCUAAUGGUGAACGACAUAGAAAACCAAGUUAUUAUGUUUUCCUGUAGCAGCAAUUUAGAAUUUUUAGCAGAUUUGGACACCAUUUAUAUAGAUGGAACUUUUGAAUAGUGCCCAAAGUUUUUUAAGCAAAUGUUCUCCAUCCAUGGUCUAAAAGAAGAUCAUUAUAUACUUUGGUUCUCUUCUUAUUGCCAAUAAACAAAAACAUACAUAUACACUGGCACUUAAAUACCUAACAGAACAAGUUGUGAAAUGCAAUAAAAAACUCGCUUUAAGAACGGUAUUUGCAGAUUUUGAAGAAGCAAUUCAGCAAAAUGUCACUGAAGUUUGGACUAACGUUUCAUUGAAGGGCUGCCGAUUCCAUUUAGGACAAUCCUGGUGGCGCAAAAUUCAGGCACUAGGUUUAACAUCCUUAUACAAAGACAAAGAGAGUGAUGUAGGAAAAUAUUUAACAUACUGCUUUGGAAUGCCAUUUCUCAACCCAGAAUAUGUAGGAGAUUGUUUUAUUGAAGCUUUAUCAUCAUUUUAGCCACAAAAUCAUAGAAUAGUAGAAUUUGCGGACUAUCUGGUCGAUAAUUAUGUCUCAGAAUCGGCUAAGUUUCCGCCAGAAAUAUGGGCGGAGAUGUCAAGCAGUUUACAACGGACGACGAACGCAUGUGAGAAUUUUCAUUCCAGGUUUAACUCGUCAUUUUAUUUUGCUCAUCCUCACAUUUUUCAAUUUUUAACAGUUUUAAUAGACUUUCAAAGUGAAACGUAUGUUAAAAUUAGAAGUGGACAAAAAAAAGUAAAA